AUGGCCAGAAAUCGCCGCUCCAAGAAACGUUCAGGGACCUGCCCUAGAUCGCGCGCUCACCACAACCAGUCGCUUGACGGAAUCGGCACGGGCACUAUGUCUACGCUGUCCACCGAAGGCAAGUCGAGCGACGGAGGACUUUCUAGCGACAGACUGGACAGCGAAGGCGGCACCUACACCGAGAUGACCAGCGUCACGGGCUCAGAGGAGCUCAACAGCGCCGUUGGGGCCCUUGCCGCCGACAAUGACGCCGAUGCGAACAUGAGCGACGACCACUCGACCUCUGCCCCCAACGAUAGCGAAUACCCAGCCCUGGUGGAUGCGCAUGAUCCCGACGAGCCAUUGCCCACCGAGCGCGACAUGGAAAUGGCGUCAACACGAUCUAUCACAGAGCAAGACUUGGACUAUCGGUGGGAACACGGUCGACGGUACUGUGGCCCGCACUACCAUAUGCCCAAUGACGAGUACGAACAAUGCCGAAUGAGCUUGAUCCACCGUAUCUACUUUGACAUUUUCGACGGCGAACUCUCAUCGGUUGCGCUUCACGAUCCCGACAGGAUAUUAGAUAUUGGUACCGGCAUUGGCGAAUGGGCGAUUGCUGUGUCAGACGCCUUCCCUGAUUGCGAGGUGAUUGGGACCGACAUAUCCGCUAUACAACCAACGUCUGUACCGGCGAAUUGCUUCUUCGAAAUUGACGAUGCCGAGCUUGAGUGGACGAGAGAGCCGGAUUCUUUUGAUCUGGUUCAUUUUCGAGACAUGCUGGGCGCCUUUGAAGAUUGGAACUUCAUCUACCAGGAGGCAUUCACGGUGAUCAAGCCCGGCGGCUGGAUAGAGCUGAUGGACAUCGACGACUCUAGCAGCGCUCUGAAAGCGUUCCUCUCAUCUUUUCCCGAAGAAUCGGAUAUUCACCGUCUCGCGAGGGAUCUCACUCUUUCCACCGCAAAGAGCGGCCGGCCGCGAGGGUUGCAACACCUCAGCCCUUCGCUGUUACACAGGGCGGGCUUUGUAGACAUUAAGAUGACGGAACACGUCAUCCCCAUCAAUAUUGAGGCUGGCGGCGGCAAGCUGUGGCUCAUCUCCUGCAUCGAUGGACUGGAGGCUUCAACACUACGACCGCUGACACAGCACAUGGGAUGGGAAGCGGACGAGGUCAAGGAGGCAUGCUUGAACGUCGCCCGCGAAAUGACACGCUUCGCAAGAGAUCCGAUCAAGGCGAAAGGCCUCAAUGUGAAGAUUCGGUCAGUCGUCGGGAGGAAGCCGACGGCAACGGUACCACAGGAGGAACAGGGGCGAGGCGAGGAGCUGGAGUUCGUGCCUCAAGUCGUCACGCAUGAUAUGAGACUGGAUUAG